GAAGGGUUAAAUAUUACAGAUUACUUAUUUGGUUAUGUCGGUAUUGUCGACGGAAUCUUGGCUGAGAAUUGCAUUUUCACACGAAUUUCCGAUAUUAUUGUUAAACGAAUUGAUUGUAAAAUUACAUUAUUCGAUCGCGGCUCGUUUCUCGACACAGUUAAAAGUAUCCUUCGGAUAAUCAUGGUGGAAGAGGUUCAAAAGAAGCUUCAGAAUGAAGCCGACACUCUAAGACAAAUCCAAAAAGAAUACAACAAGGCGCUGAGCCAAAGGCAGCAGCUGGACGGGCAGCUGAACGAGAAUAUUAUGGUGAAGAAGGAGCUGGACAUUCUGAAGGAAGAGAACGACGUGUUUAAGCUGAUAGGACCCAUACUUGUGAAGCAGGAAUUAUGCGAGGCCAAGCAGAACGUCGACAAGCGCAUGGAUUAUAUCAAGUCUGAGCUGAAACGCGUGGACGACCUGAUGUCCACUUUGGAUAAGAAGCUGAACUCCCAGAGGGACGUGAUAGACAAGUUGCAGCAGGCGUUUCAGCAGGCCCAGAUUAAAGCGUCGAUAAACCAAUCAAAGUCAUAAUACUGUACAGACCCUGGCUCUGUGAAAUUAUCACAGUUGUGUACAAUUAAUAACUAAUGCUUAAGUGACAUUGUUUUAUAUAUACAUAUAUAUACUCUCAUAAUUCGGUAUACAAAUGCUCGUUUCAUUUAUUUAUACUAUAAACAAUUAUUAUUACAAAUCUUAGCUACGCGUCACAAUCAUUCAAGUGCAAUUUGUAAAUUAAAAAUUAUAAUUUUCCAGAAUA